UCAAAUCAUAUUGAUAUUCCAAUGAAAAAAGCAAUAUUGCAGUCUUAGUUUAUUUAGAUGUCAAGGAAACGAAAGGAAUAUGGAAAAUGAUGAACCUGUGUGUCUGGCAACUGAUGUUCUUCAAGCACAUGAGAGGUUACAUCUGAAUCUGAAACGGAGUCACAGACACACAGAUGUGUUCCAGAAGUCAGUAGACACCCUGGAUAAUCUGCGGGACAUUAAAGGUGUCUUGGAUGGAUCAGCUAGGAAUUUUGACUGCCCUGGUGUCUGUGAGGACCAUCUCCUGGAACUCAGACAGCAGGUGCUGAUGCAUGUCCCCUCCUCUGUCUCCCCAGAGAACAGACAAAAAUUCCAAGACCUCAUUGGCAAAACAUUUCAAGGAUUAGAGGUUUUAUCGGCAGUCCUUGUGACGUGUCCCUGGUACCAAGCAAGCCAGGACGAGCGAGGGGAGCAGGCACGCCAUAAUGUCCUCUUCAUAGUUUACCUGUCACUUGACCACCAAUUCCUAGCUCCAGUUAAUCAGCAUGUUUUAAAUGAAAAAUUUGUCCUAGAUAAGGGCUGGCUGUAUGCUAUAGAGCUGUACCACUUUGUGUACGCCAUUGUGAAAGGUAGAACCAGAUGUGUGGAGGUCCUGUAUUGUCCAGACUCUGCCCAGUUAAUACAAAAGGACCAAUGGAAACAACUGAGAGAUCAGCUGAAUUUUUCCCAAGUUACAAAACUCAGGGGUUAUGUGGAAGCCUGUAAAGGUCAAUCAGUCAGUGGUAUUGGAAAGAAAGGAAAAGAUGGCAAGUUCCGUCUAGUAGAGUCUACCACAUUUCACCAGUUCUGCAACAGCUUUAGAUUGAUGAAUCACUUGUACAACAUCUCUGCUGAUUUACCACCCUGUACAGAUCCUUCCCAGCUGCUGAGUCUACCAGACAUAGCUGUGAGAGGGAAGAAACUGCUGUACAGCCUUUAUAAAGAUCCAGAUGUGUCAAAGAGAGAUGUAUUUGACCUACUUGUCCAAUGGCGUGACUCAGUAAUCUCAGGUCUCAAAAACCUCCAAUACACCAAUCAACAAGAAAUGGAGGAAAUCAUAGGAAAAUGGCAAAUAGAAACUAGACUGAAAGGGAGGAAGAUCUCUGUCCCUAAAGUGUUGCCAGAUGAACAUUCUUCAUUGACAACACAGAUGCAAGAAAUUGGUGGACAGGUUGCUAAGUUACAACCAGAGCAAAUUAUUCUGAUUGCUCAGGCAGGCAGUCACAUGUACGGCUUAGCCACGCCCACUAGUGAUGUGGAUUUCCUGGUAAUCUAUUCAGAACCAUGUGAGAAUGUGUUAGGAAGGUGUAAAGAAAUCAAGGAUAAUUUUGAAAGCAGAGGUCCGUCCAAACUUCUGGAGUAUGGUGCUUAUGAAGCUCGCCUUUUUUGUGAGAUGUUGCUAAAAGGAAGUGUUGUUAUUCUGGAACUGGUAUUUGGAGAAAAUCACAAUUACAUGAGCUCAUUAUGGAAGGAAUUAGUCAAUAAGAGAAAGAGCUUUUUGUCAGAAAAAGGAAUUCAGCAAUAUUUAGGACUGAUACAGAACAACUUAAAAAUGUUAGAGAGGGACAAAAAUGGAGGGGCUUCCAAGGACAGGAAACUUUUGUAUCAGAUAUUCCAUAAGAGUGAUGCUGUAGAGAGAAUGAUGAAUGGUGAUGUACCCAAAGUUAGAUGUAGUGGAGAACUCCGGGAUUUCAUCAUGAAAAUCAGAACAAAACCACUAGAGAAUGACUUUGACAGGGAUGUUCUGCUCACAAAAGCAAAACAGAAAGUUGAUGAACUGUUUACAAGAUUGGCAGCAAGGAAAACAAGACUUAAGGAAAAUAUGGACUUUAAUGUAAUGACAGACUGGUUAUUGAAUGUCAGGGGUCUGAAAUGUUUGUCAAAUAUAUAAUGGCAUGAUCUUAGAUAUUUCGCAUUACUUUGAUUAAAACAUCUUGUUGAUUUAAUUACAAUUACAA